AUGGGUCAACAUCAUUCACAUCCAAUACCACCUCAGUCUACUAACCCAACUCCACUUCUACCACCAACGACAACAGGAAGAAGACACUCAUCGUUAUUCCCUAUCCGUCGUCCAUCCACCCCUGCUCUCACACCAGUCCAACCACUCACUCCUACUUCUCCAGUCCAAGCACAGGAAGAACCACGCAGGAAACGUAAGCUAGGCGAUGUCUUCCGUUCCAGGAGGAAGAGGGCAAGGACUCGGAGCGUUCUAGGGCUGAUGGGGACUGGAGUCGGGACGCCUACUUCUGCUAGCGGGAGUGGGAGUGGGAGUGCGGGGAGUGAAGGUGAUGAGGAAGAGGGGAGAACGAUAGAACGAAGUUUGGCUAUGGCAGAAGUGCAUGAAGAACCGAUUCAGCAAGAGCCUCUCUCGGUCAUCCAUUCCCCUCUCUCUCCCUCUAUGCCUACUUCUACGCUUUCCAUCCCCGCUCCCACCCCGUCCGCUCAUCAACCCCCGCAACCCUCGCUUACCCUCCCUCCAUCCCCGAUACUCACUCCCCUACCCCCUGCGCCCGCCCCACCUCCUCUCCCCCUCCCUGCUGAAACCCCCGCUCUGGGCCCGCUGGUCCUCCCGCCUAUCCCGACGGGGACGACGAUGAUCGUUCAGGGGCUGGUACAGACGUCGGCUCAAAGGGGGCAUGGGCAUGCGAUGAGGGAGCGGGAGCGGGAGAGGGAAAGAGAAAGAGAGAGGGACAGGUUGGAGAGAGAGAGGUAUGAUCGGAUCCGGGCAGCAGCGAGGGAGAGGGACGAUAUCCGUCUCGGUCUUGCUCGUCCCAGGACCAACGGGAACACAAAUAUGAACGCGAGUGCGAACGCAACUGCCAACGGGAACGGGGGAAGCACCUCUGGACUGGGGAUGAUACCGCUCCCGUCGGGUGUUGGGUCCGUCGAGGAACUGGCGAGGUUGGUGAGGGAACAUCAGCAGCGGGUGCGGAACGCUGAUGCUGCGGGUGGGGAUACUGUUCCUACCACUGCUACCGCUGCUGUUACUGCUGGACUUGACGAGUCCCAGGCUGGGGAAGUUGCUGUCGCUGCUGGAACGAAUGACUGGGAGAGCGGGAUGGACGGAAGGCCCAACUUACUCCUAGACCGCGAGCGGCCAAGGGACAGCUCGAGGCUCCCCACGACGGACGACCUCGACGGGCGGAGAAGCCCUAGCCCAAGCCCAAGCCUGGAAGAACAAGCAAAUAUGCUCAGUACGCUACUGAGUGUUGCUACGGCGGCGACGGCCGCUUCGCUCGUCUCGGGUUCUGCCCUGUCUACAGAUCAGGCAGCGUCCUCCCUCACUCCAACGCCCCAGAGCUCGCUCUUCCCUCGCCCAGGUACGGACACGACUUCUCUCCCAGGGUCGACUCAAGCCCUGCGGACGAUGCUGGAAACCCUCCGUGAGAGGCUGCAGCGGUCUUCUGCUCUCUCCCGAACUGGGCCUGGACCGGUCUCUCCUUCUCUCCUUUCGUCGCCCUUCGACCACGCCCAUCCUUAUCCCAGGUCCAACGGGAACAGCAACAAUCCCAGUCCGGGAUUCGCACAACAAGCCUCUAUGCUCUCGUCCCAGCAUACGAACCUCGCGCAAGAACUUGCCCAGCUCAACACCCAAAUGCAGCAGAUCACCGAGCAGAUGAGCGCAGCCGCAGAACGCGUAGCCGCCGAAGCGCAUCAAGCGAUCCAGUCUGCGCCUUCCUCCGGCUCUGCGGAGAGGGAAAGGGAACGCCAGAGACAGAGGGACGAGCUUGCUGCUGAGCUGACUAGGCGGUUGCUUGCGGCUGCUGGGGCUGGAGAGGCUGCUAGGAGAGGACUGGAGGAAGCGGAAAGGAGAGUCGCCGAUCUGGAACGGUCACUUUUGUCCAGGCUUGGAGGGCAGGGUCGGCCUUCUCCCUCUCCCUCUCCCUCUCCCUCUGCUCCGGGCGCUGGGCGCGCUCUGGGCCUUAGCGCGGAAACGAGGCGCCUGUUAGCGGAGAUGGAGGAUCUUGACCUUCCCUUCCCCUUCCCUCCCCACCCGAGACCAGCAGCGCCCGGCCAACGAGCUCGCGAGAUCCUGAUGGACGCCCUUGCAGCCGCGGCCUCGCACCGUCCUCCCUCUCUCACCCCAGGAUCCGGGAAUGGGUCAAGGGGAGAAGAACGGUUUCCCAGUGCUCUGGCUGCUUUGCCAGCGUGGACGGCGAGUAGGAGCGCGGACCCGCCGGAAGAAGGAAGCUUUGAGAGGUUCUUGUGGGAGUUGCAGGUCGAUCUGAGGGCUUUGCUUGUUGGUCAAUCGAGGAGGGACGCUCUGGGGGAAAGGAGGGUUCCCCAGCCGGAGGGGGAAACGGUUUUGCCCGUCGAAGAUCGACCGGCUGGGCAGGGGGAGCCUUCUGCUUCUACUACUACUGCUGUUCCGACUCUGGCUCCGGCUCCGGCUCCUGGUUCGGCGCUGCUUGCUCCUACCCCCACACUACCCCGUACGCCCCAGCCCGCAAGGCCCGGCAUGCUCGUUUCCUCCAACGGGGGGACAACGCAAGGCGGGACGGAGAAUGACGGCGAGCGACUGAACUGGUGGAGGAUGUAUCGUUUUCCUGCACGAACCGCUGCCGAGGCCGAGACCGACCCUGCACGGGAAGAGAACGCACCCGGUCUGUCUGGUACGCUCCCGCCUCGCACGCCAGAUCGUAGGACACAACAGGAGGAAGAUACUGUCAUCCCCGUCAUCCUCGUCGGACUCAGGAGUGUCACUGCCGGAAACCCAGCUCCAGCGCUGUUCGACUUCGCUGACCCUCCGAGCGUCCCUGCUUCCCCUGUCGAUGGGCCUGCUUCCCUCCUCACGCCUGGGACGGCCGGGCUUGACUGGAACGCCAGGGACGACGCGAGCACCGGUUCGGGCUCUUCUGCCCCCGGAAGCCCGGGCAUGUGGCAGAGAGCGUCGAGGUUGUGGAACCGUACGCCUCGGAAUGGGCGGGAUCACCCUCAGGCUCUUUCCCCUGUGGAACGGGAUGCUCUCCCGGCUGGGGAGGACCAGGGCACGCGCAGCUAUAUCAUCUGGGUUGUGGGAGGGCAUUAUCCUCCCAACCACCCGAUCAUUACCCACCCGCACUUGCUCACCGGACAGCUGGAUCAUGAUGAUCUCUGGGCGCUUGGGGAGCUGCUUGGCCAGGUCAAGCCGCCUACAGCGACGAGGGAGGAGAUCGAGAAGAGCGGGUUGGAGGUCAUCAGAGUCUCCCAGCUUAGGGAGUGGGAGGACGAGGGAAGGGUGGCGAAUAAUUGUACGGAGAGGUGUCUGAUAUGCUUAGGAGAUUAUGAGGAUGAGGAAGGAGAAGAAGGGGAGAUAAGGAUCUUGGGAUGCAGACAUUGUUUCCACAAGAUGUGUGUGGAUAGAUGGCUCGAGCAGGGGAAGAAUAACUGCCCGGCGUGCAGAUCUAAGGGUGUCCCUACAGGCUCCCCGUCUACCGAGGCGCAUGAGAACACCCCGGCUGUCAUCGACGCUGAUGAUACCCCUGCACGGACGGCAACGGCAGACGCAUGAUCAUCUAUUCCCGGUGUUCGAUUUGCAGACACGUGUAUUCCAGGACAGCAAUCA